AUGUCAUUUCUUCGCAAAUUCACAGCAUUUGCUGUGGUGCUUUCGUUGGUGUUGAACGUAUACAUCUUCACUUAUCCAUCAUUGGACUCAAAGCACUGUUCAUGGAGCUACCAAAAGAGGAUCCCAAGAGAUGAUCCACAAUGGUUGAAACCUCUGAGAUCGGUCCCUUAUUUCAGCGAUUUGAUUGAUCAAUACCUAUAUCCACCUGUUUUUGAGGUUCCAAAGGUACCAGACAUCAAGAUGCUGGCGUUCGGAGACCCUCAGAUCAAGGGGAAUUGGCCAUCCACUCCGUACAUCAAGAGACUGGACACUUAUGGUAAUGACUACUACUUGGGACAUAUCUACCAAGUGAUGAAGCACAGAUUGCAGCCAACCAUAGUGGCACCACUGGGUGAUCUCUUCUCAAGUCAAUGGAUCAGUGAUUCGGAAUUCUUCAACAGAACCAGACGUUACGUCACAAGACUGUUUGAUCAACCAGAUGAACAGAGAGAGUACGCAAUUAAUAUUGUUAAUGAGCAUGUUGAUAUUGACUGGAGGAAAUUCCUCGAGGAAACAAAGGGUACCGACUUGAAAGAUUUCGAAUUUGGUUACAGUGAUGUCUACGAUUGGUGUACGCCAAAUUACGCUAAGAGAUUUGCCAAUGAACCGUUAUUCAUCAACGUUAGUGGCAACCAUGACAUUGGAUACUCUGGUGAUGCAACAUGGCAGCAUAUGGCACGUUAUCGUUCGCUUUUCGGCAAGGAUAACUACUGGAUAGAGUACAACCGUGGCACUCCUCAUGCGUACAGAAUUGUCGUCCUGAACUCAUUGCUCUUGGAAGGCCCAGCUUUACAGCCAGAGUUCUUGAAUUACACAUGGGAGUUCCUCUAUCAACUAUUCGAGAGAAAAUUCGACGGUGCCACUAUUCUGCUGACCCAUGUCCCAUUCUACAAGGAGGAAGGCUUCUGCGUAGAUGGACCACAUUUCGAAUACUACGAAAACUACGAAAGAGAACCUUACAAAAAUGGUAAGCUGAGGUCGCAGAACCACUUGAGUAAAGACGUGUCACAACGUGUCCUCUCCCUGGUCUUUGAUGAGAACCCUGGAAUCGUCCUCACCGGGCAUGACCAUGAAGGCUGCGAAACGUACUACAACUUGAACACAACCAGUGGUGAAUGGUCCGCAACCAAAGAAAAGAGCAACAAGCCUGGUGUCGUUAGAGAGGUCACGGUCAGAGCCAUGAUGGGAGAGUACGGUGGCAACAGUGGGCUGAUGACAGGUCAUUUCAACAAGAUGCAAGGAAGAUGGGAGUUUGACUUCAACCUGUGUCCAUUCAUCAUCCAGCACGUCUGGUGGGUCACUAAAAUCGCCACAAUAGUUGCAGUGAUCCUCUCAUCCACCGUCUUCAUCUUUGCAUUGUGA